CAUAAUCUAUUACGUAGGACCUUUUAAAAUUUGGCUUUGAUGGUGAAUGUAUUCCUUAUAAAAACUAGGUUAGAGCUAUGCAUGCUGCUGGAACAUGAACCCAUCUUUGAAACAGAGACUAACCAUGAUUCUCUUUCCUGCUGUCCUCUUCUCCUCUACCAAAAGAUAACAGUGGAGAAGUUGCCUGAUCCACCACAGGCGACCACGCUGCUGAAUCGCUACAGUACAGAUCCUCAGUAUCAGCAACUCUUCAUCAAUCUGGAGCCGUACAUAAACAAAUCAGCGGUGUCAGUUCAGGCUCAUUUCUCUCUGCAAUGCACAUACAUCAUCUUUCGGACCUUGGGGCUUCGCCACCUGACAGUUGUUGACCUACAGAACCGAGUUGUUGGGAUAAUAACCAGGAAUGAUCUGAUGUCUUUCCAGCUGGAGGAGAGGCUGGCGUGCCAGCUGGCAUUGCAAAAACGUGACUCAGAUGAGCAGCCCCUAGAUUAGGAAAAGAGAACAGAACUGUUAAUGUUUUGUUUCUUAAGCUGACAAACUUUAUUUUUUUGUUUUUAAUAAGCCUGCAUUCUUCUUAGGUAAAGGAAAAAUGGAUAAGACUGUACUGUUUGAUUCCUUUAGAGCAAGGAAGUUCAAAGGCAUCCUACACAGGCCCUUAAAUGUAUCCUACCACUAGCUCCCUUGAACCAUAGGAUGAUGCCAAAGUUCACUGACAGCAGAUUUGGCAGGGCUCUGGGUUAGAUGGACCAUUGGCCUGACCCAGUAUGGCUGUUCUUAUGUAUGUUCUUAUAUUUUUAAGGCUUGUGAACUAAAUCAGGAAUUUUCUACUCAUCUACCAUGGAAGGCAGAAGUACAAUCAGAUAUGAAGGUUGUGGUUAAAGUGUCCAAAAGCAUCUAUUUUCAAAAGUGACAUAGUCAUUUAGCAGCCUAAUUUUUAGCAGCCUGCUGAUUUUCACUUAGGCGUUGUCAACACUUAAAGUUGUACUGCUAUAACUAUGCUGGCAAAGUUAGAUGCAAAAAUGCCCUAGCACAGAUGAUCUUAUACUGGUAAAACUUAUGCUGGUUUGGCGAAACAAAAUAACCUAUAUCAGUAUAACAGCGUAUCACUAUAACUGUAUCUACUCUAAGGCUUUUACUGACACAUUUAUGUCAGUAAAAAAAUCACACCCCUUAGCUACAUAAUUAUGCCAGUAAAACUUUAAGUGCAGACUAGAGCUCAGGUUCCUAAGUGUCUAACUCACUUUUAAAAAAUAGGACCUAGGCUCCUAACUGACUUAGACGCUUUUAAAAAAUUUACUGUGUGCACCUUUCUUUUUUAUUUUAAAAGCAUGUACUUGUAGGCUGAUUUUAAACACCGCCUACAAGUACAUGCUUUUAAAAUGUACAACCAACUAAAAUGAAUGGAAAUUGGGCAUCCUACUUGUCUGAGAUAUAUUUUAAAAUCUUAGUUUCAAUGAGUAUGCCAGGCAGGCAUAGUCCUGAGACCCUAGGGGGCAAACUGCUAAUGUGGCUCGCAGUGGUGCAAAGUUUGAGUACAUCUGCUCUUGACUACAUUUCCUUUCAUGUUUGCAGCUAUUAGAACAGUUUCGCUUUCUGUUCACCCACCUGGUGUAAUUUAAUAUGUAAUGAGUGUCACACACAGAGGAGAUGAUCACAAUUGCUCUCUGGUUUGGAUGUAGCUGUUGUUUAUAUUUUAGCAUAUUUGGAAACCAGGCACCCAGAAUAUAAUAUACAAGGCCCCAUCCUUUGUGAUUUUUGGUUUCAAACAUUAUAUGCUUCCAUGGAAACUUCAUUAAAUGUUGAUAAAUGAAUAUGACAAAUCUUUUGGAUAAGAGACUGGUAGACUUCCUCUCUGACAUCAUAAUUAAUUGUUAUUUUUGUUCUGCUAAAUAAUAAAGCAUUUCCCAUAAACAUGCUUAUUAAAACCACACUUUUGUCCCAAGGGUCUACCAUGAUUAAUGUUAUAAUGAUUACCAAGAAAAACUAGUAACUGUUUACUGGUUAUAAAAAGUUGCCAGAUUAUCUGAAAGUUAGAUUUCUGGUAUUUGAAUUGUGCAGCUUCUAGCCUCCUAUUAGUCAGAGAUUUAUAGGACUUUCCCCCGAUAUAGUUCUUCACUUAGUAAUUGCAGUUUUUCUAGCACUGCAGAGGGUGCAGAGCGCAUUAAAGUGUCUGAAGUUUACAAGACAAAGGGCAGAGAAUGAAAUGCUAAAGAGCUUGCAGUCCAAAGCCAUAAUUAGGUAUAGGAGAGAUAAUGAACGAGGAAUGUCUUAUCGACCAUCUAGCUGGUAGGCGGUGGGGAACAGGUGGAUUUUUAAUCAUCUCCCUUUCAAACCAGUAAUAUUAUAAUAACUAGUAUAUUGGCUGGGUCACCGUCAUUACUGACAUGUGCUUCACCUACUCCAGGGAUGUGGGGAUGGAGUGUCCUGAGCUUUGUGGAUCACUGAGCAUCAGCAGGACAAUAGAUCUAAUCUAGAGCCCUCUUGUGAAUUCCCCUAAAAAACUGGUGCUAUGAAGCUGGCUUUGAAUCCCACUCCCUCUGGUAACUAAUAACUAAUCCCAUAUCUGGAGCAUGCUUGCUGUAAACUUGUGCUCUUGGUUCAAGGCCCAGUACUCCAGCUGGUAAAUGGGCUCCUUGAUUCCUUGAGUGCAUAAACAAUGCCAUUCCACUAGUACUCAGUCAUUAUGUGCCCACCCAUGUAGUGUAAGUCUCCUUCAUCUUUCCACUAAUUACAUCUCAGGCUGAUUACCUCCAGGAAAACAGUAUCAACUAUGUUCUGUAGUUGUGGUCUACUGAAAUGAACAUAAGGCUUAGAGAGUAAGAUUCAUUGAGUCAAAUCCCAGCACUGCCACUGUCUCAUCACAUGACCUUGAGCAAGUCACUUAAGUUCCUGUGCCUCAGUUACUCCAUCUGAAAAAUGGGGACAUUAAUGGUGAUCCACCUCUGUAAAGGGCUUUGUGCAAUGCAUAUGAAAAGUUCUAUAUAAAAAUAUGAACUAUUAAUUUUAAAUUAUAAUUAUUUAUCUUAUACCAAUGAUAAAGCAGUGCUAAUUUUGCCAUCAUGACAAUGUUUCUUAGGAAACAUUCAUCCAAUUUACCACAUAUCACCUAAAUGCCCUGUUAUGUAUUAUGGGGGUUGCAUUCUCCCACAUGUUACGCCCAAUAUCACCAACAGACGAUGCCUAAAAUGGUAAAAUCAUACAUGAUACAAGGGUAAGAUGUGCAUAUACUACCACAAAUAGAAUUCCUUUCAACAUUUCCCAAGAGACAUGAAGAUGAGGCUCAAAGGAAGAGAGAGAUUGUGGGCCCCACAGUCAAGUGUCCCACUCAGAGACUCUGACAACACUCAUGACACACUAUGUACAAAAUGGUGAAAAGAAAUGGCAUUCUGCAGUCUACUCUUCGUGAUACUUCAUCAACACAUUGGCUCUCAUGAUCCCCACAUCCAACAGGUUUCUAAAGAAUGGAAAUGGCAAACAGACCAGGCUCUUCAGCAAAGUGUGUUUUUUACAAGGGAUGAUGCCAGCUACUCUUCUCUGUUUUUGAGCGCCACUUUACUGAGAGGUGAACCUUUUGGUACUUAGGCAUAAUGAUUUGAGAAACUGAGAUGAAACUGUCUUAUGGUUUUGCAUGAGAUAUGUAUUUAGAUUAUGGAUGUUCACAAUUUGCCAACACAAAUCCCAGUGAAGAAGGGGAAGAAAUCCUCAAGGGAAGGUCCAUUUCAAGUCCUUCACCAUCAUUUUUGGUCUUUGUAUGCAGUCAUACAUCUUCCCACUGACUCCAUUUUUAUGAUGGUUUCCCACCACUUAUUUGUACCCCAGAAUGAAAUCUAUUUUGCAAAUGACAUGGCUUUUGUUUUGUCCAG